AUGGACCAUCCCCGUCCGCCAUCAUCCUCCUGUUCCAGCCUCGCCAGUCUCCGCAGCCCAAGUCCGGCUCAAGGCCCACCGUGUCCUUCAAGCGCGCCCUGGACCCUCCCGGCUAUGGCUCCCCGCCGCGGCAGCUUCCUGAGCGGGCUGGUCCUCUUCGCGACCUUCCUGGCGCUGUGUCAGGUGCACCAGGCGUUCGUGGCGGCGCCCCGGGCGCCGGCGACGAGGGAGGCGAGGGCUCUGGCGGCAGCCGCCGGCGUGCUCGGCCUGGCGGCGGGCCCGGUGCUCGCGGGCGGGAGCAGCCCGUAUGACGAGAGGCAGCAGGAGGCCGCGAACGUCUUCGUCGGGCUCGUCGUCUUCGGCCUCUUCGCCGGGGUGACGAUCUCGGUCGCCCUCAACAAGCUGUACACCGACGGGGCCGUGGAGAAGCCUGACAACACCCCGAAGGCCGUGGACGACAAGAUCAUCUAG